AUGUCUGAACAGCCUAUAACUAUCGCCCGAGAGGCGAAGAACAUUUAUCAAUCACUAAAAGAACUGUUGAAAACCAAAGAACCGUUUGACAAGGAACUCGAGUUUCAGAGGAAGAAUUUGAGAAAGCGUUAUCUCUCCCUAUUGCUCUUACACCCGUAUGCAAAAGAGUCUAAGGAUGUCGAGAACCACCUAUGGAUGCAAACGUCUUACGCAUCCAUAUCCUCGUAUAAGGAACGCAUCGCCAUAAUCGACCGUGCUAUACAAGCACACGCCCGUCAACCACAAGGACAACCUGGCCAACAACGACAACAGCGACAUGGACCUGUGGAACACCGCAAAUUGCUUUCGAGAUUUCGGCAGUUCCUCGCAGAAGAGGAGAAAUUCUGGAUACACCUCCUCCUUCGAAUGUACCGGUCAUUCGGCCUUGAAGAAGCGCGCCCCGCUCUGACAGCAUUGGGACUUCUACACGACAAUCAAGACCUAGGGGAAGCCGAGGGUCAAGAUCCGCCCCACAGUCGCACCUCAUUCCCGGAAGAACCAGAGACCUCUGUAUUUCCUAGUAAUCCAGCGGAGAGGGAAAGCCGACUGGCUAUUCUGAGCAAAGCCCUCAUCUGCUUAGGCGAUAUUGCGCGGUACCGAGAACUCUACAACGAAGGCGGUGGUCGUCCCAGGGCUGGACACGAGGGUGGUCGUCCGGCUAGACGAGGAAGGAGGGGAGGCCCCCCAGAGACAAUUGUAGCACAGCCCCGGGUUUACGACAACGCUCAGCAACGAUAUGAACAAGCUCGGCUUCUGGUUCCCAAUGAAGGCAAUCCAUUCCACCAACUCGCCAUCCUCGCAACGUAUAGGAAAGACACAUUCGCAUCGGUCUAUUAUUACUACCGUGCACUAUCUGUGCGCCAGCCAUACGAGACAGCUGGAGACAACCUUGCUACCGUCCUUCAGAAGGCUUCGGACCAGUGGAGGCGGACGAGGAAGGAAAGGGAACGGAUGUUGUCAUCUGGCCCCCUCGAUAUCAAGGACAGGGUGAUGUUGUUCAAGGAGAGGACAGUUGUGCUUCAUUCACUGUGGCGUAAAGGCAUUGACAAGAUCGACUCGAAGUUCAAGGAACACGACAAGACCGUCUAUCAAGAUUUUUACGAGUUGGUUGCAGAACGUCAUCUUCCUAUUGACAUGAUCUCUCAUGCCAUCGUCCUUUCGCAAGGGGCUCUAUGGAAGCACAAAAUGAUACGAGAUGGACGUCGUCAGGAAGCUAGACCAGUUGAGCCCAGUGUCACCACAGAGUGGCGCAUUCUCCGCCAUCUCAUGGACAUGCACUUUGCUUUGUUGGAGGUCGGCCGGGACCAGCUUAAGGAUCUCCCUUCGAUGGAUAAGGUCGACAACGAUCUAGCUCAGCGGAUAACAGCUAUCUUCCGACGAACCCUCCCUGCUUUGCGCAUCGCCAGCAAAUGGCUACGCGCCAACUUCGCCUACGUCAUGACCGACCUCGAGUUUCAAGCUUAUCAAGAGAAGGAGAAGCUUCGGAGUGUUGCGGUGGAGAAGAAAUGCCCGGAGAAGAUUAGUGCCCACUCGGUACACUCUAUACGGUUUUGGAAAGGAUAUGCUCAGUUCGUGGCAGCCUUGUCGCAAGCCUUCCCGACGAACAGGCUGCCUUCCUUGACGGCACCGUUGGAAGAGGAUGUUGACCUGAGAGGGUUCCUUCCUCUGAAGAAGUUGAUGGUAGAUGCAAAGAACAGUGCUUCUGACGUCGUCAACGGGAACGGGAAUGUGGUAGAGAGUCCUCAUCCGAAUGAGGAGCAGCUUAUGAGAAUAUCGGACCUUCUCGCGGAUGCGCAGGCAUUGGUGGAAGCAAAGAACUCUCCUCUCACAUUGAUAAACCAGUUGAUUGUCUUCGACGACAGUAUGGUGGAACCGCGCACUUCGACGAUCUCCGAACCCGCAAAGCCGCUAGAACCGAUCGCAUCUCGUCAACAGCAAAUCAUGAACCAGAUUCGGGACAAGAGCGCUGAAGUUCCCUGUCUGCGCGAGGAAGACGUGAUGACGGAAGGUACAUCUCGAACCGACGACGACGUUCUCAAAGCUGCAUUCCAGCAUAUUGGUGGAGAUGCUCCCGAUGUCCCUGACGAUGACGACGACGAGAUAGUCCUUUUCAACCCCAAAGCAUCGCUAUCCCCCGCGCUGUCACCACUCUUGCAAACCACGCCCAUCACUCCGGUCAGGCCGCUGAACGGCUCAGCGGCCGCGAAAGCUUUCCCGAGCCCUCCUCUCGCUCACAAUAAGCCUUCACCCCUCAUUGGAAAGACGCCGAUUAGUAGUCCCCGCGUCUCUACAAUCCACGCUACUACAGCGCAGGAUCUCCUUCAAGAUGUUAUGAACGUUGGUCGCAAGCCUGGAAGUGGACUCGUUCCACCUUCAACCGUCGAUCCUUCCGGGAUCCAGCCGCCUUUGCUAUUUGGUUCGGAACUCUCACAUCGACCCAGUCUCAUUUCUAGUAAUGCGCCGAGCUCAAUUUGGUCGGCUGGACAUGAUGAACAAGGCUUGAAGUUCGGGUCGACUACUUCCCCAGGACACAGUCAUAACCACGCGAAUCCUCACCAUUCCCUCUCCCCUCGACUAAAUUAUGCUCACAGCGUUUCCGGUCCUGCUCAAGACUUAACCACCCCGUCGAUUUGGGCGCCGUCUCAUACUUCCAGUAUCCAGAGCCCUCAACUGCAUCUUGGAGGUAGUUUACCGUCUGGAACAAGUCAACCUCACCAGCCCAACAACGCGGGCGUAAUUGGAAGCGGCCUCCACCACCGACUCCCGUCCGCGUCUCACACCAUGGCGUAUUCCGGCAGUCUGAGCCCACAUCGCGUUGAACAGCAACGGCACCAGUAUACCUUCUCUCAUAGCUCCUCCACAAGCUCUGUGAACGUCCCGAAACCUCACCACCAAUCGUUCUAUUCAGCUGAUCUUAGAAACAAUCUUGGUCCCGGUGGAGGGCUUGGGGGAACGUCGCUGUCUAGUCCAUCGCUGGGGAACUAUUAUCACCAGCCGCAAUCCCAGCAAUCGACAUCAACAAAUGGUCAUUCGCAAGGCCUCGGUCACCUGGAUCCCUUCGCAAGGCUCGGACUCUACCCUCCCCUUUCCCAAACCCAUUCACAACCGCCUCCAUCUCUCCAGUCGCAUACCCAUGGGAAUGGACUGACCUCGCCGCAAUCCCUUUCGCAUCUGUGGGGAAACGUGGGGUAG